AUGUCAAGAAAUCAUCCUGGAACUCGUGGUAUACCUCAGCAUGUAGCACAAGCUGCUCCACAACAGGCUGCCCCAGAAGACCAAGCUAUGGCAGAAGACGUGCAAGAUGGAUAUGCGUCCUCCACCCCCACUUCAUCACUAACUUGGAUCGCAUGGUUCUGUUCCCUGCCUGGCCACGAGUAUUUCUGCGAAGUCACAGAGGAUUUCAUCGAAGACGACUUCAAUCUCACAGGACUAAGCGCUAUGGUGCCGUUUUGGAAGGAAGCAAUGGAGAUGGAUACACAUAGGAUUCCAGAUGUGUCUAUAGUAGAAGCUUCUGCGGAGUUGUUAUACGGUUUGGUGCAUCAGCGCUAUAUUCUAACCAGACCUGGCUUACAAGCCAUGGCCGAGAAGUACGAGAACGGAGUUUUCGGCAGCUGUUUGCGA